UCCUCCUGUUCGACGUCAGAGGGCAAGGAGAGAUCGUUUGUCCAGACAUAAUUCCAUUAGCCAGGAUGAAAACUAUCACCGUCUCUCCUAUGGACAGCAGCAAGCAAUAGAAGAGCCCCGAGCCUUUCACCCGCCAAAUGUAUCUCCUCGUAUGUUGCACCCAGCUGCUCAUCCACCACAGCAGAAUGCAAUGAUGGUUGACAUUCAUGAUCAGAUUCAUCAGGGCACGGUUCCUGUCUCAUACACAGUGACAACGGUGGCUCCACAUGGGAUACCGCUUUGCACAGGGCAGCACAUUCCUGCCUGCAGCGCACAGCAGGUUCCAGGGUGCUCAGUCGUUUUCAGUGGGCAGCACCUUCCAGUUUGCAGUGUGCCUCCACCCAUGCUUCAGGCGUGUUCAGUCCAGCACCUACCUGUACCAUAUGCAGCAUUUCCACCCCUCAUUUCUGGUGACCCAUUCCUUUUGCAUCCUCCUCAUAUCUCUCCACACCACCCUCCUCACUUGCCUCCUCCAGGACAAUUCGUUCCUUUACAAGCACAGCAGUCACGGUCGCCACUUCAAAGGAUAGAAAAUGAAGUAGAACUGCUUGGAGAACAUCUUCCUGUAGGAGGUUUUACAUACCCUCCUUCAGCCCAUCCACCAACAUUGCCUCCCUCAGCUCCUCUCCAAUUCUUAACCCACGAUCCUUUACACCAGGAGGUGUCAUUUGGUGUACCUUACCCACCUUUUAUGCCUCGAAGACUCACAGGGCGCAGCAGAUACCGAUCACAGCAGCCAAUACCACCACACCCUUACCAUCCCAGCCUAUUACCUUAUGUGCUAUCAAUGCUCCCAGUUCCACCUGCAGUUGGACCAGCAUUCAGCUUUGAGUUGGAUGUGGAAGAUGGAGAGGUGGAAAACUAUGAGGCACUGCUGAAUUUGGCAGAACGCCUGGGAGAAGCCAAACCACGAGGAUUGACAAAGGCAGACAUUGAACAGCUUCCGUCCUACAGGUUCAAUCCAAACAACCACCAGUCAGAACAGACAUUGUGUGUGGUAUGCAUGUGUGAUUUCGAGUCAAGGCAGCUACUUAGAGUCUUACCCUGUAACCAUGAGUUCCAUGCCAAGUGUGUCGAUAAAUGGCUGAAGUCUAGAAAUGACAACAGAAUGGAAGCACUGCCUACUUAUGAUAUUUUUCUAACUAUUGAUGAAGGAAGUUUCUUUAUAAUCUUUGGAACAUGGAAAAAUUAA